CAGAUUAAGUGCAAAUAUAAUUAUUUUCAUUCGUACGGGGGUUUCGACUAUAGGUAGUCUAACGGUUACACAUAGUUGAUACCAAAAUGUUUAAGGCUGCGUGUUUACUUCUAUUUAUAGGCCUCGCCGCCUCCGAAUCCUCAAUCUCCUCAGUCAUCUCUCGUCUCCUCGACCAAGCCAAGCGCUCCAAGAGCCGAAGCCCCCUGAUCCUGGUCGUGAACAGCCAAGCGCUGCAGGAGUCUUCAUCAAGCGUGGAGGUCCCGGUGGAACCGACGUUCAGACAGAGUGGGGAAAGCAAUGGAAUCUCACUGAUGACUGUAUUGACACAGAUCUUGAUCGUCUAUCUCCUCAAUCAAGUUAGUCCUAAGAGUCGAAGCCCCCUGAUCCUGGUCGUCAACAGCCAAGCGCUGCAGGAGUCUUCAUCAAGCGUGGAGGUCCCGGUGGAACCGACGUUCAGACAGAGUGGGGAAAGCAAUGGGAUUUCUUUGAUGACUGUAUUGACACAGCUCUCAAAAGCUCGCCAAAAUCCGACCGUCUACCGCUCCCGCCCCCGCUACCAGCUCGCCCGAAAACCUCAAAAACGAAACCCAGUCUACAAAUCCCUCCUGAGCCUCCGUAACAGCCUCCGCUGCGGCGCCCGAGACGAAUGCAAGGACGAGUGCUCCGAGAUCUCAAAGCGUAAGGAACAGAAGAAGUGUGACAAGAAAUGUGAGAAGAAAUACGAGUGUGACGAAGAGGAAGAGCCACGAUGCGAUGAAGACGAUUGUGGCGAUUCUAGCACGAAAGGACCGCCACCGGAUGAUAAUGAACCUAAAUGUACCAGAUGUUAA